UUUCCUAAGUAAGCGACCUAUUCAAUCUUUCCUUGCAAUGCUACAGUAUAAGCACUGUUUAAUACCCUGUUACACGUAUUUAUAAGAAUGUAUAUAAGUAUAUUUACAUAAAGCUGCUGUAGGUUGUUGAAACUCCAAUUAUUUCAAGUAGAAUUACUUCCCGGAUUGAAUCUCAAUGGCAGGGUCUUCAGCAUGGUGCGUGAACCUCCCACGAAAAAGCCUGCGAGUUAAUUUGAUAUCGCACAACUUCCUUGCCUCGGCUGUCUUCUUGACAUUAUUCCUGGCUACAAGUGAUUCAAAGACCCUUGAAGACCCUUAUCUCGUAAGGACUUUGAAUGGUGAGAAGGUGCCCUACAAUAAUUAUCGAGACUACCAAUCACCAAAUCUGGGAGAUGAACUGGACCCCGUCUUUUAUGAGUUUAAUUUCGAUCCAGUACGUCUUGAGGAGAAGCUCAUCCGCGCUGCUCACUUCAAUGGCACUUCUCCCUCGCGAUUUCAUCUUGAACUUCGAAUGCUAGUCGAUUGUGCCAUGAAGGAUUACACGGAUUACGAUACGGUCAUAAAGCAGUGUCGGAACAACCAAUAUAUAGAUAUUGUUCAUCUUGAAAAAAAAUACUAUAUAGAGGAUGCUGCAUUGCCUUCCCCGUGGUUCGAGGAUUUUCCGACACAAGAGCAAUAUAACUUUUUUAACAAGAUCACGCAUAAAAAAUUAAUAAUGAUGUUUCCUCAGUACUUAAGAUUCCACCACAUGAAAUUGGAUCGUAAACAUUUUGACUCUGCUUGUCGGCAUCUGGACAAGGUCCUUCCUAAAAUUAUGAAGUAUCCAGAAUUUGCCGGUUUCUUACCUACUCUUGACGACAAAACCCUUCAAAUCGGCAGAAUAAAGGAAUUGAUUGGAGUGUACCUUUUUUGGCAGUUUUGUAACGUUGCUCAGGACGAGAGGACAGAGGAGCAUUUCGGAAAGAUUAAAAAAAUGACCCUAAAACGAAUUGAAGCUAGUAGGCUACCAAAUGCAGAGAGAGUGCGGUUUCUAAGGGCAAAUGACAUCUUACCACGGGAUGAUGAAAAGUGGGAAAAGGAACCUAAAUUGGAUGAGAAAUAUUUGGAACCCACUGACUCUUUACCACUUCUAGUACAAAAUGCUGCUGCUGAGUAUUGGAACGCGCGAAAGAAAAACGAAGAGAAAUCACUCACACUCAAACGCUUUCUAACAGGGGAGGGGUAGCUCCACCAGCGGAAGUAUGAAUUUUUGGGGGAAAAGGGGCGAGGAGCCUUCCGCUGCUCCUCGAAGUGAAAAGUAGGUAGGGCACAGUGACAAAACGAACUACACUUCUUGACAAUUUCGACGACACUUUUAUUCUAUACUUUCGAUAGACUCAUCACACUAAGAACAGAAAGAAUCAGAACACCAUCAGAACCACACUCGAAACUCUCUCAAACCUACACGCGGCUUCCGCGCGGAGUGCGUUUAGACACGGCGCGGCGUGGUGGGCCGAUUCGCGGCCUGGCCAGGAUCGCUGGUGAGCUAAUUGUAAGACGAGACUGAUUCCAGAGAUUUUCUGAAAAUUGCGAGUAGCGUGGCUUUAGCUUCCCUUCUCCCCUGCGGCCCAAUCAUCCGGGCCAAUCAGGGCCUUACACGGGACUCUGAUUUUCCGGGCUGACUGCGUUCACAUGGGAACCGAGGAGCUAAGACUCUGCAUGACAUCAUUUUGUCUCAUCCUUGCAAUUUUCAGCUGAGCUGUUGCCUGGACAGGAAACACAGAGCACCGUUUCUAACCGCGAUGCUUGUUUUUCCCAUGCAGGCAGCAACCUAGGUCUUAGCAAUAUGGUUUUAUAGGUGAUUGAGUCUACUCAGCAACCCCUCCCCAACUUUUUAGUGGAUUCUACCGCUCGAAUCCAUCGCAGUAUUACACCAUGCCAUGACCCAGAAGGCUGUAGAUAAUAAGAAUUGUGGAAUUAGGUACUAAAAUGUUUGGCUCAGGUUAGAAACAACGUAUGUAUCGUUAGUCUGCCUAUGCACAUAAGUCAGUGGCGAGGCUUGAACGAUCGAUUAUCGAUAUUCCCCCAUUUGAAGCUGUGGUAAGGAAUCAAAUAUCAAGGUGUUCGUUGCUAACACCUUGUUUAUCAAUCCUUUGCCAUAGGUUUAAAUGGCAGAUCAAUCUAUAUAUUGCAAAGCACGCCACGCCACUGGCACAAGCGUUUUUACGGAUAAGCCAAGAAUUGUGGUUCAUAAUUGCCAAAUAGAGUCAUGUUAACCACCAUGCUUAUUAAGAACUUGAUUUAAAAUCAUUAUGCCUAUCUGGAGGAAGGUUGCUUGUGCGAUUGAAUGAAAUCACUAAUAGCCAUUUGGAAUACUGUACUUUCGGAAUAAUAAUUAUUAUUGAUUUAAUUUUA